AUUUGUUUGUGGUAAAACUGUAACGCUAUUUAAUUAUAUUAGAAUCUAGCUAGCUACGACUUGCGUUUUGCUCUGCGCAUGCGUACCAUUUGGGCGCAUGCGUACACGGGCUGGAUCGUGGCGUUAUGUUCCAGGCAGCUGGAUUGUUUACUUUAAGUGUACUUUUCUGCUAGCUAGUUUAGGUAGAUCAUUAUUUUAGGUGAAUUAACGAGCCGGGGUGAUUUUAUAAGGUUUUAAUCUCAUAUGUUUAUUGUAAAAAGAAACUUAAACGUAAAUAGUUUCGCUUUUGUUUCACCGUCUCAUUGAUUAGCUCUGGUAUUUUAUAUGCGAUUUUGUAAAAUAUAGGGAAGAAUAUGGGUCCAAAAAAGAAAAAUGGCAUCCCUGACAGAUGGACUGAUUAUAAGGCAGUGGGCAAACGGAUCCCUGGCACGCGCUUCAUCGCAUUUAAAGUACCCUUAAAACAGGCUUUGAGAAGGCAUCUGAGCGAAUCAGAAGUGUUUGGACCUUUUGAGCUGAUGGAUGUGUUGAAGAAGGAGGGUGAAGAACUUGGCCUCAUCAUUGAUCUCACCUUCACCACGCGCUACUACCAACCCCAGGAUUUACCAGACACACUGCACUACCUGAAGAUAUUUACAGCAGGACACGAGGUGCCAAGUGACUCCACCAUCCUGAGUUUUAAAAAGGCAGUGAGAAGAUUUCUGCAUGAUAAUCAGAACAAUGAUAAGCUGAUUGGUGUGCACUGCACCCACGGCCUAAACCGAUCCGGAUACCUCGUGUGCAGAUACAUGAUCGAUGUAGACGGUGUUGAACCUCAUGAUGCCAUCGACUUGUUCAACAAGUCACGUGGUCACUCUAUCGAGAGACAGAAUUACCUGAAGGAUCUAAAAUCGGGACCAAAACGCAGUAAUGAUGGAAUGGACGAACCAGAGCAGGAACCUGUCCGGGGCGGAGCCACAAACAGAACGCAUGAAUUGAUGACUUCUUUCUGUAGGAGAGACGAUCAUCAGGAUCACUUUGAACCUUUCAACCAGAGCAGGAGAAACAACCAAAAGAGACCCUGUCCACCUCCUCUAUUUCACACACACCCUCACAGGGGUCCUCCUCCUUUACUAUUUACACCUCCUUUCAGGGGCCCACCUCCUCUCCUGCCCACACCACCUCCUCUCCUGCCCACACCACCUCCUCUGGAUGCAUGGUCUGCUUUUAGACAGGGCCGUUAUCCCGCACCUCCUCCAGACCCCACCUUCAUGCCUCGCUACACCUUUGGAGAACAGCCUCGACGCACACAUCGAAAAAAACGCAGAAGUGCUCAUAAAUACAGCACGAAUUCUCCAUAAUCGCACUGACUGUAAACACUGCGUUCUCUACAGCGUUAACAGUGUUCACACUAUCAGAGGGGUUACAGAUUAGUAUCAUUUUAUUGAUCUUUAUCAUUUUAGCUUUAAAAUUUAUUUAACAGGUAGGAAAACUAUACAAUUGUUUUAUUGAAAUUUUUAAAACGCUGUAUGGAGGAGCAGACUGUUACUCUUGGACAGAUCUCUUAAAUCAUCUUUCUGUAGUGCACUAGCCUGUCUGCUUGAUUAAUCUUAUCCAUGCUCUGCUAGAACCUCCAAGAAAUGAGGUGUGGAAUUAUAUUUUUUUGCUGCUCUCAACCUUAUUUACACAUUGAAGGGAUGAAGCCAGAGAGCUAGGGGCUGCUGUGUUGGGCGUGGCCAUGGGCUUCGUCCUGAUAUUACCCUUAAAAAAGAAAUAAAAAGAACACUUGAGAACUCCACCCAGGUUUGUGUAGUUUAGGUAAUGUAGGUAAAGUGUACCUAAUGUAAGGAGAGUCUGUUCAUGCAAUUUCACCUUAUUAAAUACUUUUAAAUUCAAUACUGCACUGUGAUAAUGCCUAGGUAACAAGCUAGCAGCCCCUUACAAUAAUGUAUUAAAUAUACUCACUGUUCACUUUAAUAGGAACACCUUUACACCGGCACAUUCAUGCCGUUUUCUAAUCGGCCAACUAAUCUUCAACUGUACAGUUUGGGUGAGCCUGUACCCAUGAUAGCCUUAUAUUCCUAUUUUUCGCUCUCAGAAGUGGAACGUAAUGUGAUCUUCUGCUGCUGUAGCUCAUCCACCUCAAGGUUUGAUGUUUUGUGCAUGCUGAGAUGCUUUUCUGCUCAGCGUGGUUGUAUAGACUGAUUAUUUGAGUUACUAUAGACUUCCUGUCAAACCAGUCUGGUUAUUCUCCACUGAUCUCAAUUAUCAACAAGGCGUUUCAGCCUGCAGACCCUCCACACACAGGAUGUUUUCUGUUUUUCGCACCAUUCUGUGCAAACUCUAGAGACUGUCGUGUGUGAAAAUCUCAGGAGACACUGAAAUACUCAAUCCAGCCCAUUUGGCACCAAUGACCAUACCACGGUUAAAGUGACAGAGAUGACACUUUUCCCCCAUUCUAAUGUUUAAGGUGUACAUUAAUUGAAGCUCCUGACCUGCAUUUCCACGAUUUUAUGCAUUGUCCGGCUGCCACAUGAUUGGCUGAUUGGAUAACUGCAUGAACGAGCAAGUAUACAGGUGUUAAUAUUAAAGUGACUUUCAAGUGUAAUUCUAGCUGGUUAAUGGGAUAUGGUUACUGGAGUAGUUAAACAUGACAAGCUAGCUAGAAAUUUCUCUAUUUAUGUUUAACGACACCGGUAACCAUCAGUGUAUUCCUAACUACCUAGCUAUAUUUAACGUCCUAAUCACUGAGUAGCUAGUUUUUGUUAACAUGCCUAUAAAUAAGCUAGCUAGUUUGCUUAGUAGCAAGUUAACACACCCUGGCUAGAUGGUCAGAAAAUGUGUAUUUGUGAUUUAAAAGAGAGAAACUAUUAAGCUCUUUAUGUUUAACUACUGAAAUGACCAUCUCUACAUUAUUUUAAAGUGCUACUAGCAAACUGGUUAUAGCUAGCUUGUCAUAAGUUGCAUUAAAUAAGCUAACUAGUGUUAUGAUGUGCUGCCAUUAGAGUUUGUCAGCUAAACAUAACUAGAAAGCUAGUUUGUUUAAUGGCAGGUUAACAUAAUAUACCUAGCUUUAGUAACCAGACAACAAUUAUAAUGAUAAAUGGAUGAUUUUAAGGAUGGAAAACUAACAGAAAUAUAAAACAUUUUGAGAAAAAAUUUUAAGGCAGCCAUUUUUGGGCUAUAAAUUGGGUAGUUAAUGAGGUGGCUGUUAUUUACACAGAGUACAUGUUUCUGCGCUACAUGUCCAUGUGCUAAACAAUCAAGAUCAUCUUGUAUAGUGUGUAAUUUGAGGCACAGCUCUUGUCUUAGAGAAGAACAAUAGGUAUAAGUUGCCUUCUGAUACUGCCUUUAUCUGUGUCAUGUGACUGGUCAUGUGGCAAAUCAGUACCUCAGAUGCUUCUAUUAACUGUUGCUAAACUUUUAUCUGAAGGACAUCGUUAGAUGUGCAUUUUACUCAGCUUAUUUUUCUAUUUUUUGUUCACAUUGAGUCACUUAUUGUAGUGAAUGUAUUUAUAACUGUCACAAUGUGUCUGAGGGUUUCUGCUUCUGUUGUGAGACCAUAUAUGGUUUUAUGAUUAAAAGCUUGAAGCUUUUUGCA